AUGCUGCCGCGCACCACUCCAUUCCAAUCCAAGCACUGCCUGGAGUUCGGUCUCGAGAUUGUCUCUUGGGAUAAAUACGGCAACCCGACGGUGCGGUGCAGCUUCUGCGCUUUUGAGGGCCGUGACCAGCACAAGGAUUUAUGGGAGGCGUACCAGCAGUGCUCGACGUUAGCGAAGAUGUCGCACUUCGAAGACAAGGUCCAACGCGCCAACACACUGCACAUCCACAUGGACCUGACCAGUGACACGAUCGAGAACGUGAUCAAGGCGCCCAUCGUUCAGAAGAUCAUCGGAGAGCUGCUCUUCAGCACCGAGGCGAUCGAGGCGCACAGCGCGACGAAGCGAAAGAGGUCGUGGCGUCAGCAGCGUUCCACAGAAUCGCCAAGCUAG